AUGCCGCCGAGACUCGUCCUCCUUUUGAUAGCGGCCGACUAUAAAAGCGGGGUUCGCGCGUCGGAUAUCGCGAGUCAAAUCCGAAAAUUGCCCGCUCCAACUUCCGGCAUCCGACACCGCCGGCCCCGCUUAACUCUGCCAAAGCAACAAGUUUGCGCCGAUACGAAGAAUCGCGGCGAAGAGCUCGAGGAUUGUGCUUGUGGUCAAUUUCGGGUAAAGAGAGGCGAGAUGAUGCGGUGUCAAGCGGGAAAGAUAGGGUUUUCCGGAUGUGUCUUCAAAGUCGCGUUGGUUUUGGCGGUGGUGUCUUGUUUCCAGUUGGUGGCAGGAAGAAACGAAAUUAAAAAAAGUAGGGGGACCUGCUUAAGAUAUGGACAUGCAUGUUGGGGAGCCCAUGGGAAAAGAAGCGGCGAGGAGGCGCAGUUUGCCCGCACCAAUGCCGCUACGCCGACCGACGCCGAAGACGCCCGGACUAAGUGGUUCCUUUCCAAGCUGAUCAGUCCCUUGGAGCUGAGGUACUAUGGACCGCAGGACGUAGGAAAUUCUGAGGGUCAAAUUCCGGCUGGGGAGAGAUAUGGCGAGGUCGAGAAAAAUGAGGCUAAAAGCAUAAAUGACUGGAACAACGUGCCUGAGAUAAAGACACAUGGCGAUGACUCUAUUGAAAACUUACUUCAAUCGGCAAGAUUUCUGGACAAACGAUCUGUGAGGCAGUGAAACCAAAUUUAGAACCACACAUAUUAUGUUAAUAACACUUAGAUUGUAAAAUAUAAAUAAUUCUAAAUUCUAGCAUAAUGUUUAAAAACUGAGAAUAAGAAAAAUAUAUAAAAAGAAAACUUAAUUAAAAAUAGUACUUAAAUGAUUAAACUGAAAUAUUUUACGCUGAAAAUAAUUGUAUUAUGAAGGCUGGAAUAAUACCAAUAAUUUUCGGCAUUAUUUUGUUUCUUUUAAACAAUAUUUGCGACUGUUAAAAAAUAAUUAGUUAGAAUGCUUAGUUAGUUAGUGGCUGGAAAUUAGAAAAUUUAGAAAAAAGGGUCAAGUGGUGUAAAAAGGGGACAUUCAAAUAAAACUACUGGAAACUUAUAUACAGUUAGUUUUUUUGUUAGGAACAUUUAACAAUAAUGGUUAAGAGACCAUCUCCAUAAUUUAUUUAAUCUUGGUGUUAUGAAUCUUGGAAAACAAAAAAUACAAAUCCAUUGUCUCGUUUUAGGAUUGAAACUUAUGACAUUGGCUACCAAAUUUCUCUCGGGUGACCCUCGGGUGAUAGUAUGUGCGUUACUACGGUACAUGGUCUAGAAAGGCCAUGCCUGUAUUAAAUUAAGUUCUGCUAGUUUUUGGAGGGGUAAAUUUAAGAUAUACACAUGGGUUUACUAAUAUGAUGAGGAAAAAGUAGGGCUCAAUAUGAAACAAAUUAAUGACAUGUAUAUUUUCAAAUUUUAGUUACAACUCAAAAAUAACAAAAAAAUGCAAAAAAACCAAACAAAUACAGAGAAAAAGAUCUUUAAAGGGGUACAAAAUUAGUCAGCAGCGGUGAUGUAAACUUAAUAUAUGCAGUAAAAGCUCUCAAAACUGUAGUUACUCAUCUGAUGUCUAAUUAUCUAAAUAAUCUUUUCAGGAAAAACAUUGUUUUAAAAUUACCACAAUAAAAUUUGUAAGGAAAGAGUUCUAGGAGUGCGGAGAUGAUUGUUCUUUCAAUAUAUUUUAAGAUAUAUUUAGUUUGUUAACUGGUAUAGUUGUAUUGUUCUACACUUUGAGUGUCAGUAUGACCAAAGUUUUAUUCUGUAAACUUUGCUAUGAACUGCUAUUUUAAUUAGCUGUGAUUUAGCUGUCACAUUAACAUUAUUUAGCUGUGACUAUGAGCGCGGGAACUAUGCGUUUCCGAGUAUUUAAAGUAUUUAAAUAUUUUAAAAAUACUUACUGUUUUUGAUUUAAUAUUUUUGCAUCUCUAUUUAAAUAGACUAGUUGUAAAAGUGAAAACAAUACAUAUUUAUGGAGCCGAUCGGUCGACUAUUUUAUUGCAUAUGAGCGCGACUCCAUAAUAAUUAUAUCGGUUACAAAUUUGCAACUAAAUAGUCGGCCGACUAAGAAUUGCAUGCAUCACACCCAGGCUUAUUUUCCAAUAUUUCCUUUUACAGUAUCCAAACUAUCGCUCUGUGAUCUUAGACUAUAAUGGCACUUAUUAACUACAUAUUUUUUCAUUUUUAAGUUAAUAAAUUGUUUACACUUUCAGUUUAUAAAUGUUUUGCGACGGUGUAAUUUUACUAUAUUUUGAUUUAAAUUACAUGCUCAUCAUAACUUUAUUAGCUCAGUUUUUUUAUCUAAUAGUAAAAAAGAUAAAUUUAUGUCUCAUUUCUAUCCUUCUAGUCUUAAAAUUACUUCAAUAUUCAAUAUAAAUAUGUAAAUAUGAGUUAUUUCUGAUAUAUAGCCUUUGGGUAUAUUUUUUGACUUUUGCAAUAGUUUGCCUGUUUAGAGUAGAAUAUAUACAUACUUUUGUAUUUAAACGGUUGUAACUAAGUUCAAAACUAAAGGUUUUGAAAAAUGUCUCAUUUUUACAACCAACUGACCCUAAUGAUAUUUUUUAACAGCCGCGAAAAUGCAAAAAAAUACCCAGUUUUAUUUUAUGAUUUGUAUUAAGUUUAGGUAUUAAAUAAAUGUUCAAUGUGUUAUGCUCUCCAUUGUUUUUUGUUCAUUUUAGAAUUCCGAAACCAGACAAAAAAAAUGGAUUAUAAAAAAAUAAAAUUGAUACUUUUUAACGUUGUUUUGUUUUUAUUCACGCGUUCGAGAUCAAUUGGCGUGCGAACAGCAUGUUUUGUUUCGCAAUAAAGUAAUUUACAUCACAAUUUCCCCU